CCCUCUCCUUUUUUUUACUAACUCAAAAUUCAAACAAAAGAGGGCUGGAAUCUAGAUCCCUUACACAGCUUGAUGCUUGAUUCCAUGUGUUGUGUGCAUCCGAGGAAAAUGUUUACGGGAAAUUAUUCCAUUUCAUACUAAAAAAUAUAUUGUCUUAUGAACAUGGCAGCAAGUCUUCAACUUGCAAUGAACUUUGAGACUUGAGGGGUUAUUAAUCCGGGAGUCUUCAGCGAGCAAAGCAGAAGCAGAGCAAGCAGAGAGAGGUCACUUGUUCACUUCGCUCUCGUCCCGCGGUCGCCAUGGCGGGGUUUCCUCUCGCCGCGUGCGCCGCCGUCGCCUUCCACCUCUGCCUCCUCGCGGCUUCGUCUUCAACUCUUCGGCUGACCCCCUCGAGCGAAGGCCGCCAUGGUGCCAGAACCGCCUACCACUUCCAGCCUGCCAAGAACUGGCAGAACGAUCCGAAUGGGCCAAUGUACUACAACGGCAUCUACCACUUCUUCUACCAGUACAACCCGCACGGCGCGCUCUGGGACAUCGGCAACCUCUCCUGGGGCCACUCCGUCUCCGGCGACCUCGUCAACUGGGCCGCCCUCGACAACGCGCUCGACCCGACGGUGCCCUUCGACGCCAACGGAUGCUGGUCGGGCUCCGCCACCAUCCUCCCGGGUGGCACCCCUGCCAUUCUCUACACGGGCAUUGACGCCAAGAAAGAGCAAGUGCAGAAUUUGGCAUUUCCCAAGAACACGUCCGACCCGCUUCUCCGCGAGUGGGACAAGCCCAGCUACAACCCGGUCAUCCCGCUGCCGGUCGACGUACCCGGCGACAAGUUCCGCGACCCAUCGACGGCGUGGCUCGGCCGCGAUGGCCUGUGGCGCAUCGCCUUGUCCGCCGAGGUCAGCGGCGUGGCGUCCACGCUUAUCUACCGGAGCGCGGACUUCCUUCGCUGGGAGCGGAACGCCGUGCCGCUCCACUCCUCCCGCGCCGCGGGCAUGGUGGAGUGCCCGGACCUGUUCCCCGUGAAGGAGCACGGCAAUGACGGGCUCGACACGUCGGCGAACGGCCCCGGAGUCAGGCACGUGCUCAAGCUCAGCGUGAUGGACACGCUCCAGGACUACUACAUGAUCGGGCGGUACAACGACGCGACGGACGCCUUCGUGCCGGAGGAGCCAGAGCGCGGCGACGACGUACGGAACUGGCGGCGCCUUGACUACGGGCACGUGUACGCGUCCAAAUCUUUCUUCGACGCACGCAAGAACCGGCGCGUGCUGUGGGCGUGGGCCAACGAGUCCGACAGCCAGGCCGAUGACAUCGCCAGGGGCUGGUCUGGAGUUCAGACGUUCCCGAGGAAGGUGUGGAUGGACAAGGACGGCAAAACGCUGCGGCAGUGGCCCAUCGAGGAGAUCGAGACGCUGAGGACGAAACGCGUCGGUCUUCAGCGAACCGAGGUGAAUGCCGGAGCCCUGAAAGAGAUCGUCGGCGUCGCGGGCUCGCAGGCGGAUGUGAAGGUCGUGUUCAAGAUCCCGAGCCUGGCGGAGGCCGAGACGCUCGAUCCCAACUGGCUGCUCGACCCCCAAAAGCUGUGCGGGGAGAAGGGCGCCUCCGUGCAAGGCGGCAUCGGCCCGUUCGGGCUCAUCGUGAUGGCGUCCGGCGACCUGCAGGAACACACGGCCGUCUUCUUCAGGGUGUUCAAGCACCAUGAGAAGUACAAGGUUCUCAUGUGCACGGACCUGACAAGGUCAUCUACAAGAGCAGGGGUGUACAAGCCACCCUACGGAGGAUUUGUGGACAUUGACAUAGAGGAGCACAGGAGCAUAAAACUAAGAACCCUGGUUGAUCAUUCGGUCGUGGAGAGUUUCGGCGCUGGGGGACGGGCCUGCAUCACGGCUCGAGUGUACCCAGAGCACGCAGCGACGAGCAACAGCCACUUGUUCGUGUUCAACAAUGGAACUGACGCGCUGAGGGUGUCCAAGCUCGAGGUGUGGGAGCUCGCGACGGCGACCGUAAAUAUUGUAGGCGACAGCUUGAUUGUGUCUUAAUCCACACGCGAAAGUGAGCCAUACUAAGCUUCAGCUUAAUUUGUUCGAUGGCUACAGUGACAAUCCGACCUGUUGAUUAUUUUUCCCCUUAGUCGGUUUGAUUUCAGGGGACAUUUUAUUUGAUGAUAUGGGGAGAAAACAUGUAUUUAAAUGAGAAAUACCGGUGAACAUUGUUGUGGAGAAAAUCCAUAUUGGUAGAUUUGGGGGGAAAAUAAUUGUCAAUAUUUUUGUAGCC